AUGGCCGAGAGUGGACCAUGCAAUGACGAUAUUCAUCCUCCGGGCGCCCAGGAAAAGUGCACAAGCAACCUAUGUGCUGGUAGUAGCAACAGCAGCGACAUUUCUUUUGUCAACAUCUGCGUCGAUGAAUUUCGACUUCUCUGUCAGGACCCACCCAACAGUCAACGAAUCUCAUUUGAUACACUCACAUCGCACACAAUUGAAGGUGACGGCAGGAUGACAAGGAACACCAUUCAUGUACAAAUACCAGUGGAGGAAACCCCCUCCCGUCCUUUGUCACCUCACUUGCAGACUCUUGGAUUAUCCUUUAGUGAUGAUUUCUUGGCCUCGUAUUUCGAUAGAGUGAUCUGCUCGACAGGUGCAUUGAUUGAUGACCUUUACCACAACCCCAUGCGUCGAGUAGUACUUCCAGCAGCAUCUGAGUCGGAGCUGAUUCAAUGGAGCGUCCUGCUAGCUGCAACUCACGAGAUGCGGCAGCAUGGCCGCCAGUAUCGCGUUCAGGAGCUCCAACUCCAACAAAAGAUUCUCGAGGGACUGAGGAAUACCCUGAACAAUGACGACUGGGUGCAGGACGAUGCUUUGCUUGGUGUAUUGACCGUCUGUACAACUAGUAUAUCCAAUAGCCCGAGCGCAGAGUGGCUUAUUCAUCUGUCGUAUUUCCGGAAGCUACUGAUGCUACAACCAAGUCAACAACAUACGUUUAAGAGAUCCUUGGCAUACCAGUUUUUUAUGAGUUAUUUCACAUCGCAUACUGUGCUUGCUAAGACACUCUUCUCUCUCGAAGAUGCCAUGGCAGAAGCAUCGAGGCCUUGGGACACAGCCCUGGAUGGCUCCUCAAGAACGGCCGAGAUGACUUCCCCACCGUCAAAGGAUCACUGGUCAGACACCACGAAGAUGUGUCGACUGAUGCCGUCAGAGGACAGAGACUUCAUUGACCCGUGGAACGGCUGCAGCAAUACGUUUCAACUCCUUCUCAACGACAUCUGUAGUCUCAAAGAUGAGGCAAAACUGUUACUUCAGCUGUCUCCUACCGACUACACUGAACGCAUAGCGACGAUUGACACGACGAUAAGACAUCUUAAGGCUAGGUUGCUGUCUCUGACGCAAUUAAGGCCGUCAACUCUGGAUUACGAUGACCACCCGGAGUCGGCGAGCAGGAAGAGGUUGCUGAAAGUUAGAGCGGAAGCGUACAGGACGGCGGCUCUGCUUUUCCUCCACCAAUCGUCAAAGCCGGCAUUCUACGGCAGGACAGUAACUUCACCUCUCCCAGGAUCGUUCCCUGCCUUGAGCCAGGAAGAGGUGACCCAUUACACCAAAACCACCCUCGACUCGGUACACGAGGUUGUAGCGGGAACGACCCUACCCUUUUCGUGGGGACUGUGGCCACUUUUCAUUGCUGCUUGUACUCUCCAGAGUGAGGAUGAUAAAGUAAGGGCGAUCUCGAUAUUUACGACCGCGAGACAAAAAAAGGCCUACGAGAAUAUCCCCCGCGCGCAGAAGGUCGUGGAGUUGCUGUGGCUGCACCGCGACUUGUCGUGCAUUGGGAAUCAUCGUCCUCGCCCUCAUUGCUACGAGUGGGAAAUAAUCUUGGAUCUUCUUGGAUGGAGGCCGAGCUUUGCUUAA